GUAGGUACCGGUGCGCCUACAAAAUCUGUGUUCCCUUCCCCUCCCAUCGAUCGAUUUGCCGGCGGGACGUGCACCGGCUGCUGCUCCUGCUCUCCUCCAAACCAAGUCGCCAGUCGUCAGCCGGCAGGCGCAAAUGCCCAGCGUGUGAAGAGGCCAACGCUGCAGCUUGAUCCUGCCGCUUUGUCGGUCAUCGCUGUUAUACCUGAUCGAGCACUUAAACCUACAGAAUUCUUUGCAGGAACUAGAAUAUUUGUGAAGACCACAUAGUGAGUGAGAGCCACAUGGAAGCAGCAGACGAAAAGAAGCCAUUGCUGAACCAUCAUGGCUGGCCUCCACAGCCGCAGGAAGAACAUCCAGGAUACACUAGUGAUGGAACCGUUGAUUUCAACGGACAGCCUGCACUCAAGCAGAGCACUGGCAAAUGGAGAGCAUGCUUUUUCAUUCUAGGUGCCGAAUUCAGUGAAUGCAUGUGCUUCUCCGCGGUCGCCAGGAACUUGGUCACCUACGUCACGACGGUGCUCCACGAGAGCAACGUCGACGCCGCGAGGAAUGUGUCCACCUGGAUCGGCAGCUGCUUCCUCACGCCGGUCGUCGGAGCCUUCUUGGCCGACUCUUAUUGGGGACGAUAUACGACGAUAGUAGUUUUCCUCUCGGUUUACAUCGUCGGGAUGUUCAUCUUGACAUCAUCGGCGGCGCUUCCGUGGCUCCUGCCUGGUUUCUCCGACGAGCACGUGGGCAUCCAUCGUGCCGCUGUCUACCUGGGGCUCUACUUUGUCGCCCUCGGGACUGGUGGCAUCAAGCCGUGCUGCGCGGCCCUAGGCGCCGACCAGUUUGAUAGCGCUGACCAGACAGAGCGGGUGGCCAAGGGCGCCUUCUUCAACUGGUACUUCUUCUCGAUCAACAUUGGUUCGCUGCUGUCUGCGACGCUGCUCGUCUGGAUACAGGACAACGUCGGAUGGACCAUCGGGUACGCGAUUCCGACCGUGCUCAUAGGUUUUGGCCUUGCGGUGUUCAUCGCCGGCAGCAAGGUUUAUAGGUACAAGCCAGUCGGAGCGGGAGGUAGCCCACUGACGAGGGUCACCCAGGUGGUUGUCGCGGCCGUAAGGAACUGCCGUCUCGAGCUGCCGGAUGAUGCCUCGGCCCUGUACGAAAAUGGCAGGGCUGGCCGUCAUACCAGCCAAUUCAAGUUCUUUGACAAGGCUGCGAUCCUGUUACCGUCGCCGGAGAAGAAGGGCCCGUGGCGGCUCUGCGCGGUGUCGCAGGUGGAGGAGCUGAAGAUGCUGCUGCGGAUGUGCCCCGUCUGGGCGUUGCUGCUCGUCUUCUUCGCGGUCACCGCGCAGAUGUCGUCGACGCUGGUCGAGCAGGGAAUGGCCAUGGACAACCGCGUCGGCGGCUUCAUCGUGCCCCCGGCAUCCCUCUCCACAUUCGAAGUCGUCAGCUUCCUCAUCUGUGUUCUCCUCUACGAAGCCAUCCUGGUGCCGCUGGCGCGGCGCCUCACCGGCGAGGACAGGGGAUUUACGCAAGUGCAGCGCAUCAGCGUCGGCCUCGCGCUGUCCGGGGCCGCCAUGGCGUACGCGGCGUCUGUCGAGACGAAGCGGCUAGCGUCGCCGGCUGCGACGAUGAGCAUCAUGUGGCAGGCGCCGUGCUACUGCCUGCUGGGAACGGCUGAGGUAUUUGCUAGCGUUGGCAUGCUUGAGUUCUUCUACGACCAAUCUCCCGAGUCCAUGAAGAGUCUGGGCGCGGCAGUGGCGCAGCUCACCAUCGCCGCCGGGAACUACCUCAACUCCGCCCUGCUCGGUGUCGUCGCGUCGUGCACGAGGUGGAUCCCAGACAACCUCGACCAAGGCCACCUCGACUACUUCUUCUGGUUCAUGGCUGCUCUCAGUGCGCUCAACCUAUUGCUGUUCAUCUACUGCUCCACCAGAUACAAAAGCUAAAGGUUAUCAAUGUUUAUAGCCAGUAAUAAAGAUGCAGCGUACUUAAUUUUGAAAUCA